AUGGCAGCUCGUAGAUUUAACUGCGAGUUCGCCAGUGAGCAAUUCUGCUGCGUCCAACGCUUCUCACACUCCGCCGACCCCAAAGGCAACAAUCCAACCUCCGAAAGUAUUACCAGCAGAUGCGAGUCCCCAACAUUUCCGGGAAUGGAAGCGCGAAUGGUCCGAUUAUGCUGUCAUGAUAAAAAGGCUGCCCUGAAGCAGAAGUCUAAGAUGAGACCAAGCUCACCUUUGCCUAGUAAAGUCUGCAACUGCUGUGGUCGUCAACAUGAAAAAGGUCUAUGCAGAGCAUAUACUUCCACAUGUCGUGCUUGUGGCAAGAUAGGCCAUUGGCAUUCUACUGCAAAGUGUCCUGCCAGGAAUGCCAGAUUGUCACAUGCCAGGAAUGUCACUUCUACUGCACGACCUAAACCUCAGCCUUCCCCUAAAGUCUGCGUAUCUAUUCGGCAUAAUGAUUCAUCGGGUAGUCUUGCCAUCAUCCCUGACACAGGUGCAGACACAACUGUCAUUGGACUCAAGCAUCUUAGUAGUCUUGGACUUUCGAAAGAAGACUUGGCACCACCAGCAGAGACAGUGUACUACAAUGCAAAUGGGUCACAGAUGCCACCAGUGGCUGGAUCAUUUUGUGGAACUAUCACCUAUGGCGACCGUUCGACUACAUGUUGGAUUGAUGUACAGCCUUCGCUUACGACCCCGCUGCUCUCUUGGAAGGAGUGCAAGGAUUUGGGGAUUGUUCCGGACUAUUUCCUCAGGCAAAUGUCGGAUGUGCACAUGACCAAUCGAGUCCAUGGUCCGGAUAGUACGCCAGUAUUGAACCCCUCUCAGUUGCUGCCUUUACCGCUGGACCAGUUGAAGUCACCUGAAGAAGCAAGGAAGUAUUUUCUGCAUCAGUAUGCAGACGUCUUGCCAGUAGAGGAUGAACCAUCAGAUUGGUGUCAUCCAAUGGUUGUUGUCCCAAAAGUGAAUGGUGGUGUUCUUAUUACCACAGACCUGUCAAAACUCAACAGGUAUUGUCGUGGCCCCAUGGGUUUUGCUGCAACAGGAGACGCCUUUUGUCUCCGAGGUGACAGGGCACUUCAGGGAGUAACGAACUGCAUCAAAGUUGUGGAUGACAUUCUCCUACAUGAUGAGGACUACAUCUCACACCUUCAACGUGUAAAUGAAGUCCUGUCAAGGUGUCAUCAGCACGGGACAACACUUAAUGCAGAGUUCAUUGUGGCUGCAUCUGAGGCCAGCUUCUGUGGGUACAAACUAUCAAGAUAUGGUAUUGAAGCAGACCCAGAGAAGGUGAGGGCCAUCACAGAGUUUCCUACCCCUGCGAACUUAACAGAUCUUCGGUCAUUUAUGGGCUUGCCACCCAUACUCGCGACGUUUGAUCCAGCUCUUCCUACCAUUCUGCAGACCGACGCCUCUAGACUCUAUGGCCUCGGCUAUGUGUUGCUGCAGGACUACGGUGCUGGAAGAUACAAGAUGGUGCAAUGUGGAUUUCGUUUCUUGACGGACACAGAAACACGGUAUGCGACCAUCGAAUUGGAAAUGCAAGCUGUCGUUUGGGCUAUCAGCAAGUGCAAGUUCUAUCUUCGUGGACUUCAGCUCUUCAGUUUGAUGACAGAUCACCGUCCAUUGGUUCCUAUUUUGAACCAUUAUUCUCUGGAUGCUAUUGAAAAUCCUCGCCUCCAGCGCAUGAAGGAUAAAAUCGCACCCUACAUUUUUACUGCAAUGUGGCGUGCAGGUAAGGAGUUGUGCAUUCCUGAUGCCCUCUCCCGGUCACCUGUGAGUCACCCAACGGUGGAAGAUGGUACCUUCAAUACUGAGAUGGACACUUCUGUCAAGAUUGCGGCUUUGCAUGCUGUCAAAUCUUUUCAUGCAUCAGACGCUAUAGACAAGCAAGAGGAUCUCUUCAUGUAA